GUCCAUGGCUGCAACUGACGUGAGUGACGCCAUGGCAAGCGCCAUGCCGGCCAAUGCCAUGCCGGCAAACGGCGUGCCGGCACACGGCAUGCCGGCAAAUGCCAUUGCAAAUUUGGUGCCGGUCAUGCUGCGUGCCCCAUCAGGGCGCACUGCGUUGUACUACGUGCCCAAGGAACAAUCCGGGGAGGCCUCCUCGAUUGUGCCCCAACCUUUGCAACAUGUGCAGCCUCAACUGGGCCAAGCCCAGCCGGAGGUGCAGCCGAUGCAACAGCCAAUGCAGCAGCAACCGAUGCAACAGGCGCAGCCGAUGCAGCAUGUGCAGCCGAUGCAGCAGGUGCCACCGCAAAUGCAGCAGAUGCAGCACGUCCAGCAAAGUCAAUGGCCGCCGCUCAAUAUUCGCUCAGACCUCAAAGUGGGAGAUGUUGUAUAUCGACAAGGGCAGAUCGGCUCGGUCGUGGCGGUGGACCAUAGCCUUUCUCCGCCCAGCUACGUGGUGCGCAUGGCGCAGACCGGCGAUGAGGUCAACUGCGAGUUGCAGAACUUGGUGAUUCCCAACGACUUGAAUGUUCCACGAGAUACACCAACACCCACCUCCUUUGCGGACAUGGUCAGACAGCAGCGCUCUCAGACCCCUCACGCAGAGGUGCAAGAGACGCCGGUGCACGAGGAGUUGGAGGACGCCUUGCCGCAGACACCUCAGUGGCCAGAGGCAUCUGCAGAGGAACCUCAAGAGCAAGGCCCUCCGGCAAUCCCAUGGACGCAGCCCAUGCCGUCGCAGAUGCCAUCGCAGCAAAUGCCCGCGCAGCAGAUGCCCGGGCAGAUGCCGGCACAGACAACGGAGUUGUCGGAGAUGCAGUAUGAACAGCUGCAGCUCCAGAUGCUGCAGCAAAUGCAGAUGCUGAACAUGCAGCAGUAUCAGCUGCCGCUCGGCGAGAACAUGCAGCAGUACCAACUACCUCUCAGCGAGAAUGUGCAGCAGUAUCAGCUGCCGGGCUACGAUGCUCAGCCAGGCGUGUCGCCCUCUGGGGAGAAGAACUUUGCGCUGCAGGCGCUCUCGGAGGCUCUGGACCGCGCGGAGGUGGAUAUGCUCACCGCGCACCGGCCGCGGUCGGACGACGUCUCUGAGGCCAUGAGGCAAUGUGGUUUCGAGGAAGGCCUUUCUGGCCUUGACGAUCGCAGCUCCAAUUAUGCGCUCAAGGCGGCCACAGAGGCCUUGAGCCGCCUGGAGCGGCCAAAGCCGGAGCCGGCGCAGGAACUCGACCAGGGGCUUCUAGCAGCCCUGGGAUUGCGGGAGAACCCGGCCAGAAAGAGCAAGGAGCGCAGGGAACGCCGGGAUGAGGACUUAGAGCGGCGAAGAGAGGAGCGACCGGCCAGAUCAGUCAGCCGCCAUCGGGCAGCAGAGGCUCAUCGCACUGCAGAGGACUUUGGCGGCUACUACUUUGAUGGCCCCAGAGACCAGGAGCCUCAGGUCAGCCGCCAUCGGGCAGCAGAGGCUCAUCGCACUGCAGAGGACUUUGGCGGCUACAACUUUGAUGGCCCCAGAGACCAGGAGCCUCAGGUCAGCCGCCAUCGGGCAGCAGAGGCUCAUCGCACUGCAGAGGACUUUGGCGGCUACAACUUUGAUGGCCCCAGAGACCAGGAGCCUCAGGUCAGCCGCCAUCGGGCAGCAGAGGCUCAUCGCACUGCAGAGGACUUUGGCGGCUACAACUUUGAUGGCCCCAGAGACCAGGAGCCUCAGGUCAGCAGCCAUGGGGCAGCAGAGGCUCAUCGCACUGCAGAGGACUUUGGCGGCUACAACUUUGAUGGCCCCAGAGACCAGGAGCCUCAGGGCUGGGAGGACUGGCACCCGCGCUCAGAGCUUCAGGCCAAGAGCGAGGCGCUGAUCCGGCAGCUGGAGGAGGAUUUGGCCCUCGAGGAGGCGGCACGGGAAGAGGUGGGCACUGAUGCAACAGCGUGGUCCAUGGAUGACCUCGAGAUGCACAGAUUCCACAAGGACGCUGCGAAGGUUCCGGAGAGACCAGUGCCGGCCUUCAAGGCACCCUUUGACUACGCCCGAAUGGCCGACCUGGAGGCGCCCAUGCCCCGCAGAUCUGCCAGCCGUGAGAUACCGGAACAGCUUAGCCAGGCAGAAGUGCCUCGCAGCAGAGAGAAGAGUCAGGAGGUUCGCCAGGACUAUCUCUUGGACUUUGUGCUGCACACAGACCGCCUCGGACCUGGCAGAGCCACGCCCAGUGCAAGGCAAGCCGCCACUUGCGACAAGGGUUUUCCUGGCAGGAGGAUGACUCCGAGGCGGCACGUCAAGACACACGCGCAGCGUGAUCAGCUGGUGGACUUUGUGCUGGAUGGCCCGGGCCGGUCCACCACCCCCAACUUUGUGCGCCGGAGCCUGUCGAGAAACCCGUCCAUGAAAGGCCAGUCCAUGAGCAGCUACCGGAAUUUUCCAGACAGGAAGAUGUCGACUCCUCGCCGGCAGGGCGGCAAGGUACAGCCCACGGGCGCACUGCCGCCCUUAGGGAAGAAGCAGCAGUACCUUUGGUGAGCCAGAAUUAGAGCCAGGCGAUGGGAUGUUGGGGACCAGUGAACGCAGCGCCCC